CUGUUCUCGCGAUGGUUGGUUUACGGGAUUCACUCGCGGGAUUCUGGAAUGGGAUGAUGAGAUGAUCGUGGAGAAGAACUGGCGGAGUCCGUCCUGAAAAACCUGUGAAAACCACCAAGUGGGACGGCUGAGUCAUUGCUGGUGAGGAGGAAGAUCUGGAGAGAACAAGAGAGUAGGAGGAGGAAAAGGAAGAGAGGGAAAAGAAGAAGCAGAAGAAGAAGAAGAAGGGAGGGAGGCGGGGAGACAAGCCACAACAAGAAGCAAAACGUACACAUGCACGCUGCGUGCGUCUGAGAGACAGACUGUGUGAGCGGGCGAGCAAACGAGAGGGUGAACGAGAAAGGAAGGAAGGGAGGGAGAGUGACGCGGAGGCUGGGAGAGCCACCCCCCACUCUCCUCCUCUCCCUCUCUUUCUCUCCUCUCCUCCUCUCCUCCCUCUCUCUCUGUGGAGCAGGCGUGUAGCGGCAUCAGACUCAGCGUGAAGGAACCAUGAGCGAUGUCACCAUCGUUAGAGAGGGAUGGCUCCAGAAACGCGGUGAAUACAUAAAGAACUGGCGACCGCGUUACUUCCUGCUGAAGACCGAUGGCUCUUUUAUCGGCUACAAGGAGAAACCUCAGGACGCAGACCUGCCCUACCCCCUAAAUAACUUCUCUGUAGCAAAAUGUCAGCUAAUGAAGACAGAGAGGCCAAAACCAAACACCUUCAUCAUACGCUGUCUCCAGUGGACUACAGUCAUUGAGAGGACCUUCCACGUGGACUCGCCCGAUGAGAGAGAUGAGUGGACGGAGGCCAUCCAGAUGGUGGCUGACAAGCUGCAGAGACAAGAGGAAGAAAGGAUCCAGUGCAGCCCCACGUCCCAAAUCGACAACAUGGUCGAGGAGGAAAUGGACAUCUCCACCACACACCAUAAACGCAAGACAAUGAGCGACUUCGACUACCUGAAGCUGUUGGGAAAAGGAACCUUUGGUAAAGUCAUUCUGGUCCGAGAGAAGGCCAGCGGGAAAUACUACGCCAUGAAAAUUCUGAAAAAGGAAGUCAUCAUAGCCAAGGAUGAAGUGGCUCACACGCUCACAGAAAGCAGAGUGCUGAAGAACACCAGGCAUCCUUUUCUCACCUCAUUAAAGUAUUCAUUCCAGACUAAAGAUCGCCUCUGUUUUGUGAUGGAGUAUGUAAAUGGAGGAGAGCUGUUUUUCCAUUUGUCCAGAGAGCGGGUGUUCUCAGAGGAGCGCACGCGCUUCUACGGCGCCGAGAUUGUCUCGGCUCUCGACUACCUGCAUUCAGCCAAGAUUGUGUACCGGGACCUCAAGUUGGAGAACUUGAUGCUAGAUAAAGACGGCCACAUUAAGAUCACAGAUUUUGGCCUCUGCAAGGAGGGCAUCACAGACGCUGCUACAAUGAAAACCUUCUGUGGAACGCCGGAGUACUUGGCACCCGAGGUCCUGGAGGACAAUGACUAUGGCCGGGCGGUGGACUGGUGGGGAUUAGGUGUGGUGACGUACGAGAUGAUGUGCGGACGGCUGCCGUUCUACAACCAGGACCAUGAGAAGCUGUUUGAGCUCAUCCUGAUGGAGGACAUCAAGUUUCCCCGCACUCUGUCAGCUGAUGCAAAGUCCCUGCUGUCCGGUCUGCUCAUCAAAGACCCCAAUAAACGGCUCGGCGGCGGACCGGACGACGCUAAAGAAAUAAUGAGACACAGUUUUUUUUCCGGAGUCGACUGGCAGGAUGUCUACGACAAAAAGCUGGUUCCUCCCUUCAAACCUCAGGUGAUGUCGGAGACGGACACCAGAUACUUUGACGAGGAGUUCACGGCUCAAACCAUCACAAUAACGCCACCGGAGAAAUUUGAUGAGGAUGGCAUGGACUGUCUAGACAAUGAGAGAAGACCACAUUUCCCACAAUUCUCCUACUCUGCCAGUGGGCGGGAGUGAGUCGGCCUCCGACGUGACAUCUUGAGAGCUGGUAUCUUAGGUCACUGUGGGACAAAAAGACACACCGCUUUGGAUGGACAAGUCCAACCUAAAGGAUUUUUUUUUCCACCCUUGACAACUUCUUUGCCUCCCAUUUCUGUCUCCUCCCCCUCACUCGUCUUUUCUUUUUUUAUUAUUAUUAUUAUUUUUUAUUUUUAAGUUUUUGUGAAUCCCAUUUUUGUAUAAAAUGCUUUCCCACGUGUACAUUUGAAGAAAAUUACUCCGACAUCCUCUGCUGGAACCCCUUGAUCCAAAGUCUGGUCGGUUACCGUGUGCUGUCCCUUUAAUGACGAAAGUGUCAGCAAUGCUCUGCUGUGCUUUGAUGCAAUUGUUUGGUCAAACCCAAAUCUUACACACACACAGAGAUAGAGAGAGAGGGAGAUGUGUGGACCACAUUUUAAAAUCUGCACGACUGAUUUUGUCACAUUUUAGGUCAUUAAAACCCAAACUGUCGUGUCCGGUUGUAUCUCAGGCUUUUGCAAACACACAGACACUCAAGAUUUGCAAAGACACUCGGGUGUGAGUUUGGAAUCCUCAUGAAAAUCAUUCUGAGAUCGACUGAUGCUGCCUGGAAUCGCCCGUCAGACUGCGGCAGGAUUUGACUCAGGUUUUGCUCCGUGCAAUUCAUUAUUGUUGCUGCUACUUCAACUCCACCACCACAUGUACUUAACAGGUACUACUACUACUGCUACUACUAAAAGCUGGUGCUACGCUACGAGCUUAAUGCUGCAGGUCAUAACAGCCGAGGCCAAACCAUUAAUCGUUAGUUGAUAGUCUGUACUCCAAAUGUACAGCGAUAAUGUACCGACUCUGUAGUCACAUGACCCCCCCUUAGAUACGAGGUACUUUUGUCAGUUUGGUGUUUGAGCCUCAAAGCACAGCAGGACAGGAGGCUGACACUCAUAAACCACAAGCUUUACUACAUUGCCCAUAAUGCAAUGUUACUUCAUAUCAUCAACGCAGAUGUGAAUAUGAGACAGAACGUUUGUCGUGAAUGUUUUUUUUUCUCCCCGUCUUUCACAGUCUUUCUUGAUUUUAAAUCUCAACUCUCCCAAAAAGAGGAAACGGUACUUUGUGUCCACAUUGGAACUCUUUACUGUUACAGAGCCUCAUCAUGGUGUGGCGACCACACAGCCGUACCUCGCUAUGGGCUUUCUCUCCCCACUCACCAAUGGCGAACUGGUUCUGGUGUUCGCUCAGUGCAAUUUGGAAACAUUUUGGAGACUCUCCACCGUAAAAUGAAAGUGGUUCACAAUCACAAAAGUUGGUUUCCCAUUCAGAACCAGGAAACGGCAGGACCAGAGGUGGGAUCUGUGAUGCUGCGUGUACGCAUGUGUAAUUCUGCUGUAGACUGCGAG